GCCACAUCCUUUCUCUGUAGCAGCAGGACAAGUCCCUGCCCACAUAGUACAGGCUGGCCAAGUUCUCAGACUCCACUAGCUGCUCACACAUGGAGCCGAGGGGAAUCUACCCUGUGACUUUGUACGCUUAAUAACGGCUCACCACCAGGUCUCAGGACGUGAAGAUGAGAGUCCUUAUCUUCGUUGUGGCUAUGCUGCUGUUUCUGCCGGCCACUGUUUGUCGAGCUGGCACAAAAAAUGUUUCAGACAACUCAGCAAAGCCAACCUUAACUAUUAAGAGUUUUAAUGGCGGUCCCCAAAAUGCCUUUGAAGAAUUCCCACUUUCUGACAUAGAGGGCUGGACAGGAGCCACCACGACUAUAAAAGCAGAGUGCCCUAAAGAAAGUAUUUCAACCCCCUACGUGAAUAAUGCUACCAUGGGGUACCUGAAAAGUUCCUUUAGUACCAAAGUGAUACCUGCCAUCUACAUCCUGGUGUUUGCGGUUGGCGUACCAGCGAACAUCGUGACCCUGUGGAAACUCUCCUCAAGGACCAAAUCCAUCUGUCUGGUCAUCUUUCACACCAACCUGGCUGUCGCAGAUCUCCUCUUCUGUGUCACACUGCCGUUUAAGAUCGCCUAUCAUCUCAAUGGGAACAACUGGGUAUUUGGCGAGGUCAUGUGCCGGAUCACCACAGUCGUUUUCUACGGCAACAUGUACUGUGCUAUCCUGAUCCUCACCUGCAUGGGUGUCAACCGCUACUUGGCCACGGUCCAUCCUUUCACAUACCGGAAGUUUCCUAAACGCAACUUCUCUUUGCUCAUGUGUGGCGUGGUGUGGGUCAUGGUUUUCUUAUAUAUGCUGCCGUUUGCCAUCCUGAAGCAGGAGAACCAUCUCGUCCACCCAGACAUCAGCACCUGCCACGACGUCCAUGACCCGUGCGAGCCCCCAUCGCCCUUCCAAUUCUACUACUUCGUCUCCCUAGCAUUCUUUGGGUUCCUCAUUCCGUUUGGGAUCACUGUCUUCUGUUACACGACUCUCAUCCGCAAACUUAACUCACAGGACCGUAAAUGGCUGAGGUACAUCAAGGCGGUUCUCCUCAUCCUUGUGAUUUUCACAAUCUGCUUCGCCCCCACCAACAUCAUACUCAUAAUCCACCACGCCAACUACUACUACAGCCACACCGACAGCUUGUACUUUAUGUAUCUCAUAGCGCUGUGCCUGGGGAGCCUGAAUAGCUGCCUAGAUCCAUUCCUGUAUUUUGUCAUGUCAAAAAUCGUAGAUCAGCUUACUUCUUAGUCAGCAACGGCGAGAUCAUCGUAGACAACAAACAAAGUGAUCUUUUAUGUUCCGCUUGGGGCUGAUUCGUGCAUGGCACCAACAGCUCAGUUUUUAAUUUUUAGAUUUCAAUUUAAUUGAAUUUUAUGUUUUUGAGACAGGGUCUCACUGUGUAGUCCUGGCUGGCCUUGAACUCAGAGAGAUCUGCCUGCUUCUGUCUCCCAAGCGCUGGGGUCAACCAGGUCUGGCAACAGCUCCAUUUUUAAGCUCCUAUGAAAUAGUGCUUCACACAUCAAACAUAAAAUUAUGAGGAUUAAAAAAAUACUUUGUAUUUUGAGAGUGUCUUAAUUUUAAGCAACAUUAUCAGUAUUCCUAUGGCAAUGGGCUCAUUUCUAGUUGCCUUCCUGAUUCUCCAGGCUAUAAACUCCCUCCUGUGAGUGGCAUCGGUGGCCUGGGAGGUCAUCACCACCGUGGUUCUCCUUUUUCCUCAAGCAGGUCUCCUGUCUUUGUUGUAUCUCGCACCAGGAUCCUGUCUCCAUUUCACCUCUGUCCUAUGGCUGUCCUCACUGGCAGCCGAGCCUCAUUGCCACAGACUGGGAUAACCUUCCUUGACGAUCUUUCUAAGCACAUCACUCACACACUUCCCUUGACCCUGCACUGCUCCUGAAAUGAGCAACUCUUGGAUGGCUUUCACGGUGGAGCUGUGCCUGCCAUACACACCCCUUCCCACCAGCUGUCUUCCCUUCCCAUGCCUGCCGCCCCAGUGAAACCCCUUCUAGCACCUUUGCUGUAAUCGGUCAGCUUUUCAAGUCAUUAAAGGCUCAUCCUUCCCUUAUUCUCAAACUAGAAGCGUCAUUUCCUUCAUCUGGAUUUCUAAAGCACGUUCUUGGAAUUAUGACACUUCUAUACAAACAAGCCUGCUAAGCUCAUUUGCAUAUAAAUAUUACUUCCAUAAGCCAUUAAGUUCUCUAUGUGGUCAGCUUUCUGUACCUGCAAGUUUCACACCUAUAGAUUCAACCAACCACAGAUCAAAACAUUUGAAAAAAUUGUGUCAGCUGAACACGAACAGAGUUUUUUCUUUUCAUUAUUCCCUAAAUAAUACUGAAAAUAAAUAAUAAUAAACAAUACCCUCUGCACAGCA